AUGGAAAGGGGAAACCUAACAGUCAUCCGUGAAUUUGUCCUUCUGGGCCUUUCCAGUUCUGCAAAGCAGCAACACUUCCUGUCCAUACUGUUUCUGUGUAUGUACUUAGUCACUGUGUCAGGAAACAUGCUCAUUAUCUUGGGCAUUGUCUCUGACUCUUACCUCCAUUCUCCCAUGUAUUUCUUUCUUAGUAAAUUGGCCUUUGUUGAUAUCUGUUUUAUUUCCACUACAGUCCCCCGAAUGGUAGUGAAUACCUUUACUGGUACACAUACUAUUUCCUUUGCAGGCUGCCUUACCCAGCUCUAUUUCUUCAUUUCUUUUGUGAAUAUGGACAGCCUUCUUCUCUGUGUGAUGGCAUAUGAUAGGUAUGUGGCCAUUUGUAACCCUUUACAUUAUACAACCUUAAUGAACCCUCGCUUCUGUGUUCAGUUGGUGUCUGGCCUUUGGGUAGUUACCUUUCUUCAUGCUCUCCUACACACUGCGCUAAUGGCCCGUUUGUCCUUCUGUGACUCCAAUAUCAUCCAUCACUUCUUCUGUGAUCUCAAUGUACUCUUGCAACUUUCUUGUUCUGAUGUCUCCUGCAAUGUGAUUGUGAUAUUCACAGUAGGGAGUCUAGUGGCUCUCACACCACUUAUCUGCAUUCUCAUAUCUUACGCAUUUAUCUUCUUCACCAUCAUGAAGAUAACAUCUACUCAAGGGAAGCAGAAAGCCUUCUCCACCUGUGGCUGCCACCUGUCCGUGGUGGUGUUGUUCUAUGGCACAGCCAGUGCUGUUUACUUCAGCCCUUCAUCCUCUCACACACCUCGGAAAGACACAUUGUCAGCCAUCAUGUAUACUAUUGUGACACCGAUGCUGAAUCCUUUCAUUUACAGUCUACGGAAUAAGGAUAUGAAAAAAGCACUUCAGAAAGCAUUCUGUAAGGGUGUAGUCUUUCAUUAA